AUGCAAGUGUUAUCGAUUGAACUGCCUGUCUUGAAGGCAGGCGAGAAGGCACUUGAGUGGUCUCAGGCACACCCAGGCGCCACCGACGAUGCCGUCGCGGCCGAUGCACCGCCGCAGCUGAACCGCUGGAUCGAGGCGUAUCGCAUCAUUCCUCUAGGAGAAGCGUUCUGUCGCACUGUCGCCCUCACGACGCAGCUGCGGCACGAGGAUGCACGUAUGCAGCAAGCGCAUGCCGACCCUAAUGUGGCGCAGCAGUGGGCCGCGGAGGAGGCUGAUGGCAUUGCCGCUGGCACAGACGGCGAGGAUACAAACGAUGCAGGCGACGACGGCGUCGGAGACGGUGCCCGUUACCAGUCCUUCUCCCGAAAGAAGAAAUUUGUGAAGCUGACGGACAGCGACAUGCUGAUUGACUGGUACGAGGUGCUGAAGCUGGAGCAAGAGGAAGGGGCGACUGACGACCAAAUCAGAGCGGCCUACCGGCGCUGCUGUCUCGAGACGCACCCCGACAAGCAGCAGAACCACUCCGACGAGCUCUUUAAGAAGGUGCAACGUGCCUUCGAUAUCCUUGGCGAUCCAGACACGCGCCAGGCCUACGACUCUUCGCGCCCAUUCAACGACGCCAUCCCUGGCGAGCAGGUGGAGGAGGGCAACUUCUUCAGCACCUUCGGCCCCGUCUUUGAACGCAACAAGAAGUGGAGCAGCGUCCCCGGCAUGCCGUCCCUCGGCACGGAUAAGACGCCGUACGCCGAGGUCCUCCGCUUCUACGACCGCUGGACGGGUUUUCAGAGCUGGCGCGACUUCUCACACCUGGCGGAUCUGGUGGAGAUCGACGACACCAUGUGCCGCGAGGAGAAGCGCUACUAUCAGCGCGAGAACGCCCGCCAGCUGAGCCACCACCACAAGGAGGAGCAGAAGCGCAUUCGACUUCUGGUCGACCGGGCUCGUAAGAACGACCCGCGCCUGCGCCGCCGCCGAGAAGAGGAGGAAGAGAAGCGCCUCAAAGUGUUGAGGGAGCGGGAGGCAUUCCGGCUGCAGCUCGCCGCCGAGGAGGAGCGUCGCCGCGCUGAAGAGGCCCGAAAGCAGAAGGAAAGGGAAGAGGCCAAGGUGGGUGCGCAGCAGCAAGAGAAGCAGGCGAUGCGCGAGGCGCAGAUGGCGGUGCUGGGCUUCUUUGAACAGCACGGGCUCCUGGAUGAAACCCCGACAAACAAGCUCCUCGCAGACCGUGUGCGCCGUCCGAACGUGCAGUGGAUCUUCUCCAAGACCACGAACGCGACCGAGGCGCAGAAGCUGCGCGAUGUCCUACUGGCCUGCCCCACGGAUCCCCGGCCACGCACGAACGACCCGCAGAGCAAAGAUGUGGAAGGCUCCGAGGAGGUGGAGGCCGUCAUGCGCUUCAACGCGCUCGUUCAAAAGAUGGAACAACACUGCGGCGUGAACCGCUACGGCGAGGCCGUGAAGAAGGUUCAGGACGGCGAUGCGGCCACGGCUGCAGCGAAGAAAGAAGUCGCGGCGGCAGCAGCAAAGACACCUGUCGACGCAGGACAGGAGUGGACGGACGAAGACCUAAGCCGGCUGCAGAAGGCGACGGCCAAGUACCCGCCUGGCUCCGUCGAUCGCUGGAUCAAGAUCUGUGACGUGCUCCGUCACCGCUUUACGGAGGAGCAGGCCAUGGCCAAGGUGAGCGAACUAACUGCUGCGCUGCACAACGCAGGGUCUGGCAACCCCACUUCUGCCGCCCCCGCCUCCCCUUCGCACGCCUCGGCCACCAGCCCAGCUGCCUCGUCCGUGGAGAACUGGUCUCUGACGCAGCAGAAGCAGCUGGAGAAGGGUCUGCGUGACCUGAAGGACUAUAAGGAGAAGGACAAGUUCCAGAAAAUCGCGAAGAUGGUAGAGGACAAGACAGCCAAAGAGUGCUUUGAGCGCUUCAAGUUCCUCUGCUCUGUGAACAAGAAGAAAUAA